AGAAAAGCGCGGGAAGUGUUGAAUUAAGCGGGCGUCUUUUUUUUGGCUAAACUUUUGAAAAUUAAAUUAAUUUAAUAUUACAGGAUCAGUUAAGUUGUAAAGUGUAUAUAUAUUAGUAGUAUUGAUUAUUUAUAGUUUUAGUUUGUUUUCUUCGCCUGAUGCAGUUGUCAGCAGAUCCACGUCGCGCUGACAGAGAACGUCGCUAUAAACCACCUCCACCCACUUCUGCUCCAGCAGAAGACCUAACCACAGAUUAUAUGAAUAUUUUAGGGAUGGUAUUUUCAAUGUGUGGCUUAAUGAUGAGAUUGAAAUGGUGCGCGUGGACAGCUGUAUUUUGUUCCAGCAUCAGUUUUGCAAACUCAAGAGUUUCCGAUGACACUAAACAGAUUGUGAGUUCCUUCAUGUUGUCCAUUUCAGCAGUAGUAAUGUCAUAUCUUCAAAACCCUGCACCAAUGACACCACCUUGGGCAGCUCUUACUACAUGAUAAUAUAGAAUAAACAUAUAGUUUCUGUUAAUUUACAAAAAAUAAAAGAAUCACUGUUGA